AUAUCUUCAUCACGUUACUCCUUGUGUUAUAUUUGAAUAGGUAUCACAUAUUGCCUACAUGUUGGCGUAUAUGCUGUCGCAUCACCCCUUGUAGUUUCGAAUUCGACGAUGUCAAAACAUCAUGGUCGAAAAGUAAAACAGAGAUAAAAAAGAAGAAAAACCAAAACAAAAAGUGCAUUUUCCAUCGAUUCUGUGAGCUUAUUUUGUAGUGCAAUAAUUGCAUUGAAUUUGAUCAAUUUCUGUUUCAAUUUUGUUGCGUUUUCAGUAAUUAUAGUAUGAAGUGAAUCAAGUGAACAUGGAUGAAGUGCCAGCUAGUCCAGAGUUGGUUAAAAAACGAAAAUCCCGCAGGAAAGCGUUGCACUUUAGCAAACAGCGAACGUCACUAUCGUUGAACCGUGCCAGAGCCGCCGAAGUGCAGCAGCAGGAUUCGGUUGUCGGGGAUGCAACUGCGGACGUCAGUGAGUUGGAAGAAACUGCUGGAGCAGAAAAUGAGGAACCGGAAAUACCCGAACAAAACGACCUGCUAUAUUUCGAUGUCGACACGGAAAACAUUGAGUUGGCCUUCGAAGAUCCGCUGGUUUCGGCUGCUAUUUUGGAAAAAGCGAAUCAAAUUGAGCAGGAAUGCACUGCACGGCCAUCGGAUGAUUUUCUGGUCAACGUUCAGAAUAAGUUUGUCAGAAUAGAUGAGGUCAUUGAGUUGGAGGUAAAACCUGGGCCCUCGGACCCAAUACCAGCGAUUGGAAAAGAACCCAAUGCCACUGUAACGAGCAAAAAGGCAAACUACAGUUACACUAAGUUUGAUUUGGACACCCAGAUGAUUGGAAUCUGUGAAGCUGCUGACAUUUUGGCGGGUUUGAAUACCAAUCCGGAACAAGAACUGAACGACUGGAGCAGCCCUUUGAAGCAGCAGCAGCAGGAAAAGGAGAAAGUUAUGCAUAUCAAAACAGAACCUUUAUCACAAAUACGGCCUAAAACUCCUACCACCGAAGAGGUUCGACGAAGGGAUCGUUGGAGCAAUGUGAGGCAGUCAUCAUUAUCCAGGAAGUCGAUAUCAAUUCAAGAGUGCCGAACUCCUCCAUCCACCAGUAAAAUCAACAUCAGCAGAUGUAUUACGGUAGACUUCAGCGAUGAAUCGGAUAGUGAAUUGAGAAUAGAUUUUUCCAAAAUCAAAUCUUCUCAGUUAAAGAGACGACUUGAAAAAAUCCAAAGCUACAUCGACAGUCCUCCUCAGGCAGUACGCAAAACAGCCGAAAGAAGAACAUUUUCCAGGAAAAAAUUUGAAAAGAGCCCUCACACACCGGUCGCAGUUCGGAGGCUUAGUUACGAAAGUACGAAUUCUGAACGAACAAACGGAAUCGAAAUGGAGCCGGCUCAUAUAUCAUCCGAUGAAGAAAUGGACUGCUUGCAGGGGACACAACAACACCCUCAACCGGAAGACCCAGUAGCGAUCGAUUCCAGUCCUGAGGGUGAUAAUUUCGAUUCCAGCUUACUCAUCAAAGCGAACAUCAACCAGCUUUCGCAGUUUUUCUCGCAACCCGGACCACCUGUGACAAAACCAAAUCCCGAUUCUGAAUCCCUCAACAAAGAACCGCCGUUUUUCGGGUUUCCUCCCGAACCAACGUCGCCGAUUUCGCUACCUUCGGACACGAGUGCAUCACCAAAAGUACUAAGUAUUGCCUGGUUAUUUCGGAGUGAGGCCGAAACCGAGAGCGAAAGCGAACUGGAGGGAAGAAAUUCAGAGGAACACAUACAUCGCCUUCUAGAGGAUGACGACGACUUUCUGGUGCAGCUAUAUUCGUCACAAAGAAAAGAAGAGUCAGUUGGAACACCGGAGCCUGCUUCGCCGAUAAAGGAAGGAUCGCCUGCUCGUGAAGCGGAGUUUGUCAUGCCUUUACCGCCUGCCGAAAGAUAUAGUAACAGGACAAAUAUGGUGACACCUUCAAACGAAACAGACAUUAACCACGCGUACCCACCUCUCGAAGGCUUUCAAACGGCCAGAGGCCGGGGAAUCAAGAUAUCCGAAACGGCACUCGCCAAAGCUCGCACUAUCUGGGACGACGAAGAGCGAAAAUUCGAUGGAGAUAAAGCUUGGCAAACAAACACCACCGACGACAACGAGGCAUGCGCAGUCCUCGUCCCUGUUCCGGAAAAGCCAUCUUUUGGCGGGUUCUGUACCGCAGGUGGGAGUAAGGUGCACAUUUCGGAUAAAGCUCUUGCAAGAGCCGAACAACUAUGGAAAGAAGAGGAAGGGAAUGACGAUAUUGGUGCACCGGUGGUAGAGUAUGAUAAACCAGAAACAGCGCUGCAAUCAUUUGGUGGAUUUCAAACGGCUGGAGGAAGCCGCGUUACAGCUUCCGAAAAAGCUUUGGCUAAAGCGCAACAUAUUCUGGAUCAGCUUGAGCACGAAAUGAGAACUGAAGACAUUCAUCCGGAACAGGUGCAAGGUGAGAGUUUCGGAUUCCAGACAGCUCGUGGCAGUACGGUGAAAGUAUCUGAUGAUGCCAUGUCUAAGGCACAGUCUAUGCUCAGGCGGAUAGAGCUUGACUUGGAGAAUCAACUCAAUGACCCGCUAAACGGAAAACCUCGAAAAAUACCUAAAGAAGAUGCAAACAAACCAACUACAGCUGAAGAUGGCAGUUGUGCGAAACGGCUUCGCGAUGGAAAUGAUAGUGAACCGGAAACACCUCUCAAGAAGUACAAACUAGAGGCAAGAUGCAAUAAUGCGGUGCACCAGUUCUCCACAAGUACGCCAAACAUACAUGGCAAAGCAAUUGUUCCUACAUCGCAUCACAAUGGCAAACACGAGCUCGAUCACUUUUUCGGAGAUCUAGAUGACCACGAGUUUCAGCAGCUUUUCAGCGGAAUGGAUCCAACUGGUCCAAAUAGUCGUAGGUCUCGUCCCAUGAAACAAGUCCGACUUACGAGCCGUUUCGAUGAAUGCGAUAAUGUGAGCGCAGACGAACACAACCUUCCGGGUGGAAUACCGUGGGAUGAUAGUUUCGGAGAUGUCGUUACCAAAUUGAACUCCGACGAAGGGCUGAGGGUAGCCCAACAGAUACUAGAAGCAAGACAGCUGUGCAGGCAACGGCAACAAAGUUACAUCGAAAAUAAACCAUCGGAUGAGCGAAGGCCACGGUUGACGGAAUUCAUUAAGAAGAAGCAACUGAGUGGGAGGAAGAAUGUUCGCCAAUUUGUGGAAAGUAACAAGAAUUCUGGAGAUAUUGGGGUUGUGUCUGAGAGGCUACGACAUGUGAAUGCGGAUAAUGCGAAGGACUUCAAGUUUGACAUGAUUCAACUGUAUGGUAAAACUGAGUGCCUAGAAAACGUGGAAGGCAUUUCGCUCGGUAAUCCAAAUGCCACGACUCGUCUCCUGUUCAACGACCGCUGCCAGGUAGGACUUCCGGAGCUCAAAGCAGCUUUCCUCGCAUCUCCCGGUGUCGAUCCAGCUCUGAUUCCCACGGGAUGGAUUGAAAACUGCUGGGUGUGGAUUAUCAUCAAACUGACGUCAAUGGAAUGUCAAUUUUCGGAAUGCUUCUCUGGAAUAACGACGCCCGAAAAUAUGUUCAAUCAACUUGUGUACCGGUAUCAUAUAGAAAUCGAUAACGCCAAACGUUCUGUGAUAAGGAAAAUGUUGGAAAAAGAUGACAUCGCUAGUAAGCGGAUGGUUCUGUUUGUUUCACGAAUAUUCCGUGGAUCAGUUCCAUUUGAAGCAGAGAUUGAACUUUGCGAUGGAUGGUAUGCUAUAAGGACGGUGUUGGAUUUUCCAUUAACACAAGCCGUACUCCGCGGCAAAGUCACUAUCGGGACCAAACUCAUGAUUCAGGGAGCGGAAUUGAUCAAUCUCAGUGAAGGUUGUUCGCCAUUGGAAGUACCAGCAGACGUGCGACUUAAAAUCCAUGCCAAUUCCACUCGGAGAACAAAGUGGGACACUCGCCUGGGAGUGUACAAAGUGCCUUUGAAUUUUGUGAUAUCUAGCAACGAUGUUCUUGAAGGUGGUGGACUUAUUGCAAGCUUAGAAAUUAUAAUACUACGAGUUUAUCCAAUGAUGUUCGUCGAUAAAACCCAGCGAGAUGCCCAAGGAGCCGUUAAGGGUGAUCGGGCUUCCACCGUGUUACGUUCGGAGCGAGUCGAGAGGCGUAGAGCAUUGGAAAGUGACAGCAAUCGCUUCGAGAAUUUCCAAGCGCUUUUCAGUCAAGUGCAACGAGAAGUGCAAGCAGAAAGUGUUCAACAGAAUGGCCGUAGCAGCCUAUUAAGCAAACUAACGCGCGCAACGACUACCGCCGAAUUGCUGGAACUAGUGGACGCCGGUUUGGAUCUAUCCUGCCUAGAGAUUGAAUUCAGUAGUACUCAACGAGAAGCCAUCAUUAACCUCCAGCGGCGCAAGCAGGAAGAGUGCCUCCAGGAAGUGAAUCGGCGUAUCAGAGAACGCAUGAAUGGCGCUGAGAGCAAACGGAAAGUAAGCUCUUUGUUAAAGCUUCGAAUAGCAGAUGCCCGAAAACCAGAUAAAGUAUUGCUUCUAUCCAUAUGGCGCCCUCCGGAAGAUCAUUGUAAUGUGUUUCAAGAGGGAAGGGUACUAGAAAUGAGGAAUGCAUCUGCAAAUGGAAUAAAAAAUGGUGAAGUUCAGUUGACAGCAGGAAAAAAUAGUGCUUUUAAAAUUUUGGAUCUCCAUCAAUAUGAGCCUCCUGUUCGGUUGAUGCGAACUUUGACGAAGAUAGCUGAUAUAGAGACAACAGGUUUCCGACCAAUGUUCAACGAAUUUGAUACUAUCGGCAUAGUCAUCCAAGUUGGAACCAUAGGAAACAAAAAUUUUCAAACGGUAUACUUGGCGGACGCAGAUCAAAACUUGCUUGGUGUGCAUUUUUGGUCCAGCAUAAAGGAAUAUGCCUACGAGGACGUCGUCAAGGAACACGUUGUGCUGUGUAUAUCAAAUCUACAAUGGCGAACGAAUAAUGCUCAUAAUGUUAUUCCAACUGCGUUUGCAACUGAAUGUACUACUUUCAGUGAACACUCCAAAUCAAAGCACUUUGUUGAAGAAUUUCAAAGUUUCCAUGCUUUUCUAAAGGAUAGAGAUCUGCAGGAGUUUUACGAUGAGUGUAGCGCGAAAAUAGCAGAAUUGAAAGAUGUGAAACUUCCACGGUCCUGUAGCUUCAAUACGCCAUUGCGGAAUAAUUCUACAACAACUCCUAUGCGUUCAAUACUAACCAGUGUGAAUCCAAACGCCACAACUACACCUUCUCCUGGUGUGAGACAACCUGCUAGCUUACAGAAACGUAAAUUGGAGCAGCUGGCUGCAUAUAAAAGCCCUCCGAAGCUGAGCCCAAUCAUUAUGCGUUACAAUCCUAAGGUGCGAAAGGACUUCAAAACACCGUCUAAGCUGGAGGAUAGAAUCAACCAGAUAGACAGAGACGAUUCAGUAUGUUGAUUCAUAUGUUUUCAAAUAUUGCCAUUGGAACUGUUACAAUAUUAUGUUAUUCUAAUUAAAGUUAUUGUGUUACGAUGCAACAAUCAAA